GUUAAAAAUACGUACAGGGUUUCCCAAUUCCUAAAUUCCGAGAAGCAGCAGAAGCAGCAUGAUGGCCGCCGCCAGCAGGAGAGUGUUGUCCUCGCUCCAGGCCCUGGAGCCUAUGGUGAGGAAUGUCCAGCCCCGGAGUUUCCACAACAUUGCUCCACUUACCUCUGCCCAUGCCGUUCCUGUGAGUAGGCCAGAGGGGCGCACCACGGCCACUCUGGUGCCAGGGGACGGUGUGGGGCCAGAGUUGUGCCAGGUGGUGUUAGAUGUGUUCAAGAGUGCUGGGGUGCCUAUGGACUUCAAGGAGUACCACCUGACUGAACUGUAUGCACCGAGGUCUGACUCGCUGGAGGAUGUAGUGGAGAGCAUCAAGCACAAUGGCCUGUGUCUGAAGGGCAUCCUGGCUACUCCCGACCACAGCUCUGAUGGAGAACUCAAGACCCUUAAUAUGAAGCUGAGAGAUGAACUAGACUUGUACGCCAAUGUGGUCCACAUCAAAUCACUGCCAGGCCUCAAUGUGCGGCACAAGAAUGUGGACAUGGUGGUCAUUAGGGAGCAGACGGAGGGGGAGUACUCGGCCCUGGAGCACGAGAGUGUGACAGGCGUGGUGGAGUGUCUCAAGAUCAUGACGAGGGACAAGUGCCGCCGCAUUGCCAAGUUUGCCUUUGAUUACGCCACCAAGCAUGGUCGCAAGAAGGUGACGGCUGUGCACAAGGCUAACAUCAUGAAGCUGGGUGAUGGCUUGUUUCUGAAGCAGUGUGAGGAGGUUGCAGAGAUGUACCCCAACAUUGAGUUCUCCAACAUGAUCAUUGACAACUGUACCAUGCAGAUGGUUUCCAACCCUCACCAGUUUGAUGUGCUGGUGCUGCCCAACCUGUAUGGCAACAUUGUGGACAACUUGGCAGCAGGCCUGGUUGGAGGUGCAGGGGUGGUGGCUGGGGCUUCCUACUCCAACAAGUGUGUUGUGUUUGAGCCUGGUGCACGCCACACCUUCAGUGAAGCCGUUGGUAAGAAUGUUGCUAAUCCAACCGCCAUGCUGCUGGCCUCGGCUAACAUGCUGAACCAUGUCAACCUGCAGUACUACGGGGACAUGAUUCAGAAUGCUGUGGACAGGGUCAUUCGGGUGGGCAAGGUGAGGACCAAGGAUAUGGGGGGUUUUGCCACAACCUCAGCCUACGCAAAUGCUGUCAUCGCCAGUCUCAACCCUUGAAAAAAAUAAAAGUAUACGUUAUCAGCAGAUGAAUGUUAGUUGAGGUACGCACCAAGGAUAUUGGAGGUCAUUCAGCAACCUCAGACUUUGCCAGAGCUGUCAUUGCCAACUUGAGACACUGAAUGUAAGGAUAGAUUGUAAUGAAAUGAGCACUGAAUUAUCAAGAGGAAAAGUAUUGUUAUAGAAACCACAAUUGCCUGUGGCCUAGGUUAUCUCAACUGUCUACCUAAUUUAUACAAAAUAGUGCAACAUAUGUUCAUCCAGUGUGGACAGUGGAUAUCUGUCUGUGCAUUGUAACAAAAUUAAUUUUUGGAGUAAGACAUUGUACUAAUUUCACAGUAAUCAAAAUUUAAGGGGUGAAAUUAGCAUGCAUAUAUGCAUUAGUAAUUAGGUUGUUAAAAAAUGAAUAGCAAACUUAUAUCCAAAGGCUUGCUUGAGUCACAGGUUUUGAGAUGUCUCCUGAAAGAAGUGCAAUGUUUGCUGAAGGGAGCAUAUAAAAAGAAAAUCAUGUAAAGUUCAUAUUAAAAGAAAACUCAUGUCAAGUUCAUAUAAAAAGAAAACUCAUGUCAAGUUCAUAUAAAAAGAAAACUCAUGUCAAGUUCAUAUAAAAAGAAAACUCAUGUCAAGUUCAUAUAAAAAGAAAACUCAUGUCAAGUUCAUAUAAAAAGAAAACUCAUGUCAAGUUCAUAUAAAAAGAAAACUCAUGUCAAGUUCAUAUAAAAAGAAAACUCAUGUUAAGUUCAUAUAAAAAGAAAACUCAUGUCAAGUUCAUAUAAAAAGAAAACUCAUGUCAAGUUCAUAUAAAAAGAAAAUUCAUGUCAAGUUCAUAUAAAAAGAAAACUCGUGUUAAAUUAAUCUUCAAACUGUAAUAUUUGCUUGUUGUUGCAGUGUUCUGAAACAAGACACUAAAAAGUAUGAAGUGCAGUUUAGAAAAUCUUCCCAUCUUUUAUGAUAAUGUAAUAGCAGAAUUUUCAUGACAAGAUUUAAAAUGUCAGUUAUUCUCCAAUAUUAUGAUUUUUGGGGGGUCAGGCCUUUGAUAAUUUGACAAGUUAAUUAUAUGAGAAAAGUUUGUUAUUUUUACCGAUUUUUUUAAUUUUAUCGAGAGAUGCUUCAACAGGCAGUCAUUUUGUUGCAAUACAGUGCCAGCACAGAUCCAUCUGGAAGCUCUGAGUGAACAAAACAUAGGCAGCACUGUUCUUAUCAUGAUCUUGAGGUGUAAUAAUAUAGUGUUAUAUGCCCCUCCCACUUUUUUACCACGUGCAAUGUUGAGUCUCCAGUGUUGAUUAUUGUCUUGAUGUAAAGUAUGGGAAAAAAGUUUGUGUAUAUUAGGAAUUUAAGUUCUACUUGUAUACUUAAUGAGUCAAUAUCUAAAAUGAAAGUGAUGAUAGGUUGCUAUUAGUCAUGGUUGUGUUAAAUUUUUUUAUUAAAUAAGAUAGUUUAACGCUGCAACAUAAAAACUAGAAAGGUCAGGAUAGUCAUGUAAGCAAGGUGGAGUUGCAGACAGGUGACCCGAGGCCACUUGGUCAGUCACUGUGGUAGCGUUGGGGCUGGUAACAGUGGUAGUUAUGAACUUCACUGAGACUCGAUCAUCUACUGAGGAAAAAAUAACCCUUUUUUGCUGCAGCAGCUAAUUGCAUUUUGGUUUAAUUGCUACUACUGUUACCUCUCAAACACUCUCAUAGGUUGACUAGGUAGUUUCAAGUCUUCUUUCUGCAACUGUACAAGGAAAUCUAAAUAAUGUUUUCUCCUUGAAGACUGUUCUGAUGUUUUACAAGUUAUUUAGGCUACUACAGAAAGUGUUUACUGCAAUGUUAAACAUUGAGUUCUGAGAGAACCCUCGGGUAAAUGAGCGAAGGAAUAAUUUACUUUACCUGCCUGAGGACAGCUAAACACACAAGGGAUGGAGGGAGCUCCUCUUUACAUUGAACUGCUUUUUUACCCACUGACAGCAUGCAGUAGUUCUACAUUUGCUACAAAUAAAAAAUAGGUCAGCAGUUUCAAGUUAUAAAUGGUUUCAAACAGCUCUUAUUUGAAGGAGUUAGAACUGCAUGCAUACCUAUUUCUUCAACUGUCAGUUGUCUAAAUUUUGUUAUGUAUGAUGCACUUGAAAAUGUUAAGUCUUUAUUUUUGUAGUAUUCUUAUUAGGCUAUGAAGAGAUUAAUUCUUCCUGGAGGAAUUCCUUGUCCUUUUCACCCAUACCAUUUUCCCCAUGUUUGUGCUGUAUAUGCAUUUUCAUUCAUUUUCUCCAGUUUCCUGUUUUCAUGUGAGGCCCAGGAUCAUAUAAGCAUUUUGGAUGUUAUGUAUCACUACAUUUUAAUAACUACCUCAAAUGACAUAACAGAAUUCUUCAACAUAGAGAAAGGUGUUUGCUACCAAGUGAAGUGUACCAGUGGACAUGAACUUUAGCUACUUAAAAUCAAAGAAGUGGCCUAUUCAUCCUGUGAUAUAAAGGAUUACAGCAUUAUGAUUCUUUUACCAGCAUAAUAAAAGGACACCUGGAUGUUCUGACUGACUGGCAAAUGGAGUAGAAAGUGUAUGUAUUGUGACCUCAGUAUAAGCUGAACAAAAUGAAAGUCAUUAGAAAAGCACAGAGCAUUCAUUCACUUCAAGAUCAGCCUCUGAUGUGAUUGUUACAAUAUAAUUAUGAUUGACACAUAACUGGAGAUGUAUGUACAAUAUAGACUUGAUUUCUUUGCAAAAUUUAAUCAGAUUAUACAUAGUUGUGUAUUGGUGAUGAUUUUUUCUUAGAAAAUUUGUUUUCUCUUGCAGAGUUUAUAUGGCAUUUUGUAAAUAUCAUGUAAAUAUAUUGAAUAAUAAUG